GUGCAGGAGGCAUCUGCCAAAUACUAUGAUGCCAUCGCCUGUCUCAAGAACCUGCAGAUGAAGGAGCAGCCCGGCUCUCCAGACUGGAUCGAGCUGGACCAGAAGAUCACACCCCUGCUGUUGAAUUACUGCCAAUGCAAGCUGCAGUGCGAAGAGUACUAUGAGGUGCUGGAUCACUGCUCCUCCAUUCUCAACAAGUACGAGGACAACGUCAAGGCCUACUUCAAGCGGGGGAAGGCUCACGCGGCAGUGUGGAACGUGGCGGAGGCACAGGCUGACUUUGCCAAAGUGCUGGCCCUCGACCCCUCGCUGCGCCCCAUCGUCUCCAAGGAGCUGCGGAGCCUGGAAGCCCGCCUGCGCGAGAAGGAUGCCGAGGACAAGAUCCGCUUCAAGGGCAUCUUCUCACAGUAGAGCCCACGGCCGCAGCGGAGAGCCCCAACGCUCUCUGAACAGGUUCUUUUAGAUAUUCCACAUGUGGAAUGUUCAUUGAUGUUUAUUAAUGUUUAAUACAAAUUUUA